AUGACAGCCCCCAAACCUCUUCAGCUAGAAUUAGCAACAGCGGAGGAUGCUCCUGAACUGACCGAGGUCUGGUUCGCCGCGUUCCAGGACCCGGAUUUACGGCGUCUGUGGCCUGACACGGAUGGAGUGCGCCAGUGGUGGACGGACGCCAACAGCCACGAUAUGCGACAGAAGCCCUUCCAACGCUUCGUCAAAGUUAUCGACCCUGAUACGAAAGACGCGCGAGGUCGACCGCGGAUCGCUGCCUAUGCGAAAUGGGAUCUGUCCAUGCCUAAUGAGAGAGGCCGGCGAUAUCCUCCGUGGCAUGCGGAUAUGCCGGGCGAGGAAUGCGAUGCUUUUUUCGGAAGGGAGGAAAAGGAGAGGGAGCGAGUCAUGGGCAAGGAGAACCAUUACUACCUUGACACAGUCGCGACUCAUCCAGACUACCAACGACGAGGGGCAGGCUCGAUGCUGCUGAAAUGGGGCUGUGAUCUUGCGGACCAAAAUAAAAUCUCUGCCUAUGUCGAUGCUACCAAGGACGGAGCGCGUUUGUAUGAAAGGUUUGGUUUCGUGGAUGAAAGCCAACCUGACUCGGGUGAGGUAGCCUCUAUGGCUCGGCGGCGACAGUAG